GUAGCGCGCCACAUGAUGCCCGAGCUGGGAUGUGCGCCCAACGCGUUCUCCCACUCCACCGUCCUCAAGGGGCUGUGUGACGACGGGCGGAGCUUAGAGGCGCUCGAGCUGCUCCGCACGUUGGUGAGGAACAGAGAUGAAAUCGACGUGGUGGCGUACACCAUUGUCAUCAGAGGCCUCUUUAAGGAAGAUAAAGUGGAAGAAGCCGUCAAGCUGUUCGAUGAAAUGCGUAACCAGGGGAUUUCACCGAAUGUGAUCACGUACCUCUCGAUCAUCGACAAACUGUGCAAGGUCGGAUCAGUUGACAAAGGCCAAGGGGGUCCUUCAACGGAUGGUCGACGAAGGUGUUGCCCCAGAUUGUUCAGUGUAUACUAGCCUGAUCAAUGGGCACGCCAUAUCAGGACAGUGGAAAGGGGCUGUUAUGAUGUUCAAAGAGAUGAUUGGCAAGGGUAUUAAACCGCAUGUCAUCACUUACAAUUCAUUAAUCAGGGCUCUGUGCAAGCACAGAAAAUGCAGUGAAGCUAGGAAAGUUUUUGAUUAUUUAAUCAAGAGUGGUGAAAAGACUGAUGUUACCACAUAUGGCAUUCUGCUUCAUGGGUAUGCCUUACAUGGAUCUCUUGCUGAUGUGCAAAACAUAUUGGAGAUGAUGUUAAGGAAUGGUAUUGAGCCUGAUGAAUAUGUGUUUGGCAGCUUGCUAUUUGCAUAUGCUGUUCAUGGAAAUGCUGACGAAGCAAUGCUUGUGCUUACUGAUAUGCGGGAGCACGUAUUUAGCCUUAAUGUGGUUCACUAUGGAACAAUAAUAAAUGUUCUGUGCAAAACAGGCAGGAUGGAGGAUGCUAUGUCCCAAUUCAACCAGAUGAUUCAUGAAGGAGUGCGUCCUAACUGUGUGGCCUAUACUUUAUUGGUGCAGGGUUUUUGCAUAUGUGGCAAUUGGAAGAAAGCAAAGGAAUUAAUUUUUGACAUGAUACAUAGAGGUGUUCAUCCUGAAGCCAAACGUUUUACUUUAGUCAUACUGAAUCUAUGCAGGGAAGGAAGGCUUGAAGAAUUCCAAAAACUCUUCGACCUAUUUAUAAGUGUAGGUGAGAAACCUAACAUUGUUAUGUAUGGCGCACUCAUAGAUGGGUAUUGCUUAUCUAGGAAAGUGGAAAAGGCAACAGCAUUGUUUGAUGCUUUUGUCUCUAGGGGCUUUAAACCCAAUUCUGUCAUCUAUGGUUCUCUAAUUAAUGGUUAUUGUAAAAGUGGGAGGAUAGAUGAUGCAUUGACUCUGUUCAGAGAAAUGUUGAGCAAGGAAAUUAAGCCAACUGUUAUCACAUAUGGCAUUAUACUGGAUGGGCUGUUUAAAGCUGGUAGAACUAAUGCUGCGUUGGAGCAAUAUCACAAGACGAUUGAAAGUGGAUUGAAGUUUAAUCUCAUUAUCUGUAAUACAAUUCUAGGAGGACUCUGUAAGAAUAAUUUUGCUGGUCAAGCCCUCAUCAUAUUUCAAGAACUACUUUCUAUGAAUUUUCAUCUUGAGAUUCUUACUUACUAUAUUAUGAUUGAUGGCUUGCUUUGUGCUGGUAAAAGGAAAGAAGCCAAGGAUGUUUUUGCUGCAAUAUCAACCAACGGUUUGGAACCUGAUGCUAGCAUAUACAGAUUAAUGAUAACAACUCUUAUAGAAGAUGGGUUAUUAGAAGAGGCUGAUGAGCUGUUCUUAUCAAUGGAGAACAAUGGUCAUGCUGCUGACUCACGUAUGCUAAAUGAUAUUGUUAGGAUAUUAUUGGAAAAAGGGGAGGUGCUCAAGGCUGGAACUUACCUCUUGAAGAUUGAUGAGAAGAAUUUAUCCCUUUAUUCUUCCACCACUCAAGCUCUGAUAUCUCUUUUCUCAGAUGGUAAGCAUGAGGAGCAGAAAAAGUUGCUUCCUGAGAAAUAUCACUAUUUCAGUGAAGACUGAAUGACUGGAACAUUUUAUCUGCAACUGAAUCCUACUUGGAUACUGUUGGUGUAUGUUGAGCCCAUGUAUAGAGGCCCAUGUAUAGAAACUAUAUAUCCCACCCUUCUAGGGUUUGGAGGAAUACAUCUCAUUAUUCUCUC